AUGGCGGCGAGUGAUUGGCCCCCCGUCAGCGGUUAUUGCGACGAUUAUGAGGACUUUGAUUUAGAUUAUAAGGAGGAGUUAGAUGAGGAGGAACUCCCGAUCAGUGUGGAUCGCGCAAUUUCUGCCUAUCGCGAGUUGAAGAGUAGGGAAGCUAUAAAUGAUAGACAUUGGAUGCGCGGGCUGGACCUGAAUUCGCGGCGCUCUAAUGGUCAAUGGAAGGCGGCGAUCAAUGGGGUGAUUAAGCGGAUGGAGACAGUCUUCUUCAGAUAUGAGGACGAAGUGGAACAGUGGAUCAAGGAGUGGUCAAUACCCCUCGGCUUGGGCAAGGUGGACCCGCUCAAAUUAUACUUUGAUAGAGGGACUCAGACCGAGAGGGCCUCUUCCCCCUCCUCGAGCGAAGAGGAGGGGGAGGAGGAGGAAGAAGAGGAGGAUUAUGACACGGAGGAUAGAGGAACCCAGACUGAUUUAAAGAUGUAUCUCAUAAAUGAGAUAAAACGGGAAUCGGUAGGCGUUCAAGUGACGGAGCGGCGAUCACUAGCAUCUAUAGGUAUCCAAACGGAGGUGGAAACUAGUGAGGAGGACGGACCGCCUGAAGAGGCGGAACGGACGGAGGAAAAGGCUACCCAGACUGAGGGGGAGCCUAAUCAAAGGACGGAGUCCACGCAGACGGACUUACAGGAGGAGAAUCGCCCACGCGAAGACGCGCUGGCCACUGAAGCGGGGAAGAGUCGGGGCUUGCCGGUGAUGACUGUAGCUGUACAGACUGAUUCCGGGCUUGGCCCUGACCUGCAUCUUGAGGGGCAGACGGGGGUCUCGGUACCUGAUGCGCCACAAGUAACGGUGUCGCCCAUGGGUGAUGACACCAUCUAUCGCCUGUUGCUGGACCAUGGUGCGCAACUGGCCCUCAUAGCCGAGAGUCUUGCGCGUGUACGCUCGGAUGUGGACUCGGUUAUGACCGGGCACCCUGUGGAAGGAAGUACCGCGCGGGAAAACAGAGCCGCCUCUCCGGAGGCUGCUUCUACCCCGGUCAUGGACCGAUGUAACUCCCCUUUGUUCACGGAGGUGGUCAAAGGGAGGAGGAGGAAAAAGAAGAUACUGGAGGGAAGGACCGCGGAGGCCGGUCUUGAGGUAUCUCCUACUGAAGAGAUAACGAGGCCUGGUGGUGGUGACAAUGGUCACGCCACCCCGAGGACUGUUAAGAAUGGCCGUGACUCUCGAGUUGCGACCAUCUAUAUUCAAGAGGUUACGGAUGGCCCCCCUAUAAAGACUCUGAUGGAGAGGGCCACCAAGCAAGUGGUGCUCAGCGAGCUCGGUAUCUCCGGAGUUCGCAUGCGGUACGCUGGACGGAGGACCUACAUUUCGGUUCCUGGUAUAGACGGUACUCGUAAGGCUGGACUCUUGGCAGAAAAACUACGAGUGUUGUAUGGCAGUGACGCGCAGGUUGUAGUCCCUGUGCGUUACAGGGAAAUGUAUGUCAAGGGCUUUGACGAGUUGACCACGCGCGAGGACCUUUUGUCCUUGAUUGGUCGUGUCGGUGGUUGCUCCGCUACGGAGUUUUAUGUGGGUUCUCCGAUUAGAAGUCGGGAGUGCGGCCGAUCCGUGUGGAUUCGUUGUCCGGAUCAUGUGCACGAUAGACUAGUUCAGGCCGGUAGUAUUAAGCACGGAUGGUCUCUCCUGAGAUUUGUUUCUCUCAGGGACAGGCCGCAGCAGUGCUUCAGGUGUUGGCGCUUCGGCCACCGGAGGGACAGGUGCCGUGCUGAAGAGGAUAGAGCAGGUUGCUGCUUUCGAUGCGGGAAAGAGGGCCAUGCUUCCUCGGACUGUAAGGGGGAGGUGUGUUGCCUGAUCUGUAAGGACGAUAAGAGGGACUUCCACCACAGAAUAGGAUCAGCAAAAUGUGCUGGUCUGGAUUACUGUAAGGAAACGUAG